CGCGGGGCGGUGCUCCUGCUCGGCGCGUCCCCGACUCAUGGCGAGCCCGGCCCCGCCCGCGGCCGACGAGCUCCCGGGCCCAGCCGCCAGGCGCCUCUACUCCAGGAUGGAGGCCUCCUGUCUGGAGCUGGCACUGGAAGGCGAGCGGCUGUGCAAGGCAGGGGAUUUCAAGGCAGGAGUGGCCUUCUUUGAGGCUGCUGUGCAGGUGGGCACGGAGGACCUGAAGACAUUGAGUGCCAUCUAUAGCCAGCUGGGCAAUGCCUACUUUUACCUGAAGGAGUAUGCCCGGGCUCUGCAGUUCCACAAACAUGACCUGCUGCUGGCACGGACCAUUGGUGACCGCAUGGGAGAGGCCAAGGCCAGUGGGAACCUCGGCAACACACUCAAGGUCCUAGGCCGGUUUGAUGAGGCAAUCGUCUGCUGCCAGCGACACUUGGACAUUGCCCAGGAGCAGGGGGACAAGGUUGGGGAGGCAAGAGCACUCUACAACAUUGGAAAUGUGUACCAUGCCAAGGGCAAGCAGCUGUCCUGGAAUGCCGCACAGGACCCUGGGCACCUGCCACCUGAUGUCCGUGAGACGCUGCACAGGGCCUCUGAGUUCUAUGAGAGGAACCUGUCCUUGGUGAAGGAACUCGGCGAUCGGGCGGCCCAGGGCAGGGCCUAUGGCAACCUGGGUAACACCCACUACCUGCUGGGAAACUUCACUGAGGCUACAACCUUCCACAAAGAGCGCCUGGCCAUCGCCAAGGAGUUUGGAGACAAGGCAGCUGAGAGGAGAGCAUACAGCAACUUGGGCAAUGCCCACAUCUUCUUAGGGCGCUUUGAUGUGGCUGCUGAACAUUACAAGAAGACGCUGCAGCUGUCUCGGCAGCUCCGGGACCAGGCAGUGGAAGCGCAGGCUUGUUACAGCCUGGGCAACACGUACACACUGCUGCAGGACUACGAGCGCGCUGCUGAGUACCACCUGCGGCACCUGGUCAUUGCCCAGGAGCUGGCUGAUAGGGUGGGAGAGGGCCGGGCGUGCUGGAGCCUGGGGAAUGCCUAUGUGUCCAUGGGGAGCCCGGCACAGGCCUUAACCUUUGCCAAGAAGCACCUGCAGAUCUCCCAGGAGAUUGGAGACCGAAAUGGAGAGCUCACAGCCCGCAUGAAUAUUGCUCAGCUGCAGCUGGCACUGGGUCGCCUGACGAGCCCAGCAGCGGCAGAGAAGCCGGAUCUGGCUGGCUAUGAGGCACAAGGAGCUAGACCCAAAAGGACACAGAGGCUGAGCGCUGAGACCUGGGACCUGCUGCGGCUCCCCCUGGACCGGGAGCAGAAUGGAGACACCCACCAUGCAGGGGACUGGAGAGGCCCUGGCAGGGACUCACUCCCUCUCCCCAUGAGGAGCAGGAAGUACCAGGAAGGUCCUGAUGCCACUGAGAGGAGAGCCCGGGAGGGCAGCCACUCCCCACUGGACAGUGCUGAUGUAAGGGUACAGGUGCCUCACACGGGUAUUCCCAGGGCCCCAUCUUCUGAUGAGGAGUGCUUCUUUGACCUGCUGAGUAAGUUCCAGAGCAGUCGAAUGGAUGACCAGCGCUGUCCCCUAGAGGAAGGCCAGGCAGGGGCUGCUGAGGCCACAGCUGCUGCAACCCUGGAGGAGAGGGCAGCUCAGCCCUCUGUGACAGCUUCACCACAGACUGAGGAGUUCUUUGACCUCAUUGCCAGCUCCCAGAGCCGCCGGCUAGAUGACCAGAGGGCUAGCGUGGGCAGCCUGCCUGGGCUACGCAUCACGCUCAACAAUGUGGGGCACCUCCGAGGCGAUGGUGACCCCCAGGAGCCAGGGGAUGAGUUUUUCAACAUGCUUAUCAAGUACCAGUCCUCCAGGAUUGAUGACCAGCGCUGUCCACCCCCCGAUGUGCUGCCCCGAGGCCCCACCAUGCCUGAUGAGGAUUUCUUCAGCCUUAUCCAGAGGGUGCAGGCUAAGCGGAUGGAUGAGCAGCGUGUGGACCUUGCUGGGAGCCCAGAGCAGGAGGCCAGUGGGCUGCCUGAUCCCCGGCAGCAGUGUCCACCAGGUGCCAGCUAAGGCCACACCCCUGCAGCCAGGCAUGCCCUACCCUGGGCUCUGGGGCCUCACAGUUGUCCACAGUGGCCAUGAUCCUUCAAUAAGCCAAAUCCUCCCAAGGCCAUGAUGGAGAGCCAGCUCAGCCCCCAGCCCUUUCCCACUGAGCCAGAUAGUGGGCACAGCCUUCAAGGACAACCCUCCCCCCAGGGUGGUGGGCCCAGGCUAGAGCUGCUAUAUGGGGAAGGGCAUGCUUCUGUCCCCAUAUGGUCCACAGCUUCCUGCAGGCCCUGCCCUGCCCUGCUCCAGGCCGGGCCUUCAGCAUGUUGGCCCCAAGCCCCGGUGCUGUCCAGAUUCUUCUCAAGUCUUGCCCUGCCAAAUGUGAAACUCUGCCAACUUCCCCGAGCUCCCCAGAGGGGCUUCAAAGACUCUUCUGGGGGAAAAGGGGACUACAGUGGCAAGGCAUGUUCUGUCCCCCAGCUGGUCCUGGGAUGGCUACGCAGGAGAUACACUCUGAUCUGCCUCACCUCCCCAGGGCAGGCCCUAUCCUGGCCUGUCUGUGCCCAACCUUGCUAUGGGAGAUUGACAGUCCAGAUAUUCCUCAGCCUUGCAGUUACCCUUUGAGGAAGGAUGGAUCUUGUCCCUGCAAAGGGACAAGGCAAGCCUCCAAGCCAAAAACACAGGCAGGAUCUUAUCCUAGGAGUGCUGGGUGGCAGUGGGUAUUCAUGAGGAAUCUGAUCAGCUAGAUCUCCAGUCUCCCCAGUGGACAUCCCCCCGUUUUAUUAGGGAGACGGUAUCUUGGCUUUCUCCCCAAGGAGGGGUCCAGCUGUAAUAUCUGAGUUGGAUACAGGGCACUGUGGUUGGGGUGGAGACUCAGGCAGGCAUCUUGAGAUUAUCCUUGACAGUCACUUGGGGAUCAUGGUCCCAGCUCUUGCCUGCAGGUACUACAGCCAGCCCUACUGGAGGGCUCCAUACAACCUACUAACCCAGGGCCUCUUACCCUGCAGCCUAGAAGGGGCCAGAGCAAGGGAAACUGAAAAGCUGGACCUGAGGACAGAAGCAGAUAACAGAGCACAGGGUCUUGGGCGGGACAUUGGUGGCCGCCCGCAUACUUGAAUGUACAUGCGUAUUUAUUGCUCACACGUGUUUGCCAUGUUGUUCACGGGUCCUUUCCAACCCGAGAGGUACGUUUGUUUUGUUUUACCCAAAAAUAAAAGUCUGCCAAGUGA